GUUUAUGGGCAAAAUGGAAGGCGUGGGCGCGGCAAGGGCUGCCGUCUGAGUACCUCAAUCGCAAGGAGGACGUUGUGGACAAUGAGAAUAAGGUGUUGGGCUUCAUCGGGCGGCUGGGGGUGCUGACGUGGAUGGGACGCAACUUGGUCGACCGCUUGGAGGAGAACAGCUUGGCAUUCCCUGAAGCUGCAACGGUGCAAGCCGCAAUGGUCACCGCCUGGUUCUUCAUGUUGCGGGCCAAGGAGUACUGCAACAGUAACGGAGUUGAUGAGGACAUAGUCUUGCGGGGCAUCGACGCCCGCUUCACGAAGGACGCUGAGGUCGUGGAGGGCAAGGAUGCGAAUGAACUCACCAUGCAGUUCAGGAAAACGAAAACGGACCAGUUGGGGUUCGGAGAGAGCAAAACUCUGAAGGCCACUGGUGAGCACCACAUCUGCCCUGUGGAAGCGCUGGUGAGGAUGCAGCGGGCCUGGCCGACUAGGUUCAUGAAGGAGCGCGGGGAUAGCGUGCGACAUUUGUUUCGGUGGGCCAAUGGCGUGGUGUUGAAGCGGGUGGAGGUGCAGUCGCUGCUGCAGCAAGCUGCGAAAGGG